GUAGGGCGCCUACACAGGGAGUCGAGGGAGGAUUGGGACGCGACCAGCGAACCUUUUGCUUUCGCAUGUGCCUGUGCUGCUGCGGCUGAAUUCACAUGCAGGACGCGGACAGCAGUGUGUUUGUGUGUAAAUCGCAGCUGUCCUGCACCUGAACACGGAGUUCUGCACUCAGGUGUGGAGGACUGUACCAUGUUGGAGAGAGAGGGCUGUGUGAGUGAGUGAUGGGCUGCGCUUCGGCUAAGCAGUUGUCGUCCGUUCCUGGGGAUGAGGAGGAUCGGGACAAAACCCACAGCAAUGGAGAUGCUUUUUCUGCAGACGAGUACAAAAUGAAAGGAGUGGAGAAGGUGAAAUACGCACACGGGGGAGAGGAGGAGCGGAUGAACACGCGCAACCAGGAGCACCUGGAGAAGAGCACAUUUUUGCACAAAGGCAAACACAAAGAGUCCGGUGGGAACACUAAUAAAAUCAGCAUCCACUCGUCCGAGAGCCAGCAGGAGUUCUUCAGGAUGCUGGACGAGAAGAUCGAAAAGGGACGCGACUACUGUUCUGAGGAGGAGGACGUGACAUAACCUGACGCUCUCAUCCCUCUAUUCCUCCUCCUGAUGAUCACUCCAUCCUUCCUGUCCUCCGAGGGCCGAGCGAGUUUACGCCCCCUUAUUCCUCCCUUCACAACGCGUCCUGUUUACAUUCCUUACUCGGCGCUCCGAACACGGGGGACGACAAGCGGAUGGACGUCGCCGUCGUCAUGGUUACAGUGCCCUUGCCUUACACUAAGCCUUUCUUUCCUUUUUAUUUUUGAGACGGAGCCAUGAACAUUAACGCCGUCUGGGAUUUGGCGCCUUCACGCCUCUUGCACGAGCGUCGGACAUUCCGCUUCUUCUCCUCCUCUUUCUUUUCCUUCUUCCUUCCAGACGUGACGUCACGUCCCGGGGGAAAAAACAAAAAAAGGACAAAUUUAAUUCCAUCCCACACAUUCCAGGCUUUUUUUUAUUAUAUAUAUAUAUAUAUAUAAACACACACACGCGUGUGUUGGGAAAGUAUUUUUUCCUCAUCAUCAUGUCUGUAAGUUUAUUUGUAAACGUUUUUGGGACUUUCAGCAUCUACGUUUUCGUGACGAGCCCCAAGGCCACUUUCACACCUCUCUCACCCCCACCCCCGCGUAACCAUGGCAACGUACUUCCCCAUCCCCGGCUACUUAUCAACUCACGGACUUAAAACCUAUUUCUUUAUAAAAAGACAAAGCCGCCAUAUGGAUUUUCCUCUUGUCCCCCCCAUCCCAGACCUGUGAUCUGUCGUUCGUUUGAAAGAAAACUACAAUAAACACUACGGUGUGAAAGCAGCCUGAGGGAGCAGAGGCAUGUCGCUGUCGAGCCGCUAAUUGCGCCAGAAUACGUCAAAUAAACACAAGAAGGACGACAUGCUUUUUAGCGCAUCGCCGUAUUAAAGUGCUCUGUUCCGUCCCCGUGUCUCCCCUCUGUCUGCCAAACAUAAUAAAACUUUUUAUAUAAAA